AUGUGUAUUGAUUACCGGCAAUUGAACAAAGUGAUGAUAAAGAACAAGUACCCACUGCCGAGGAUUGAUGAUUUGUUUGACCAGCUUCAGGGAGCAAAGGUGUUUUCUAAGACAGACUUGAGAUCUGGCUACCAUCAGCUGAGGAUUAGGGCGUCUGAUGUCCCUAAGACUGCAUUCCGCACUCGGUAUGGGCACUAUGAGUUUCUAGUCAUGUCAUUUGGGUUGACCAAUGCCCCAGCAGCAUUUAUGGAGUUGAUGAACCGAGUGUUCAGGCCAUAUCUAGACUUAUUCGUGAUAGUCUUUAUUGAUGAUAUUCUGGUGUACUCCCGCAGCCAGGAAGAGCACGAGCAGCACCUCAGAGUGGUUCUCCAGACUCUGAAGGAUAGUCAGUUAUAUGCUAAGUUUUCGAAGUGCGAGUUCGUCCAGUCUACUGCACGCAAAGGUCAGCCAUCAUUUUGCUUCAAAGUUAAGGGUGUUCCGUUGGAUAGGAACCCCUGCUGUGAUCCAUGGUGGUUUUGGCGUGGAGCUGCCAAAAUGUCUGCUAGCCAAGGGCGAGCUGCAUCACCCAGUGCGAACUUCUCCAAAUAUUGCACCGGCUCCACAUCCUAA